AUUUGACAAUCCUUGGGAAAAAAUACACGCAGUGUGAGAUUUUUUCUGGAGUUUUCACGUGUUUUUUGCAAAAUUUACGCAUUUUCUGCAGUAAAAUUUUACACAAUUUUACUCACUAAGGUCCCACAAACGUAGUACACUUGUGUACUUGUCGAGAAAUCAGCUAAGAAAAAAAAACUUCUAAAAUGCGUCGCAAAACAAAAGGUAGUGGUUCGAGUGAAAGCCCAGAAAAGCCAGCAGCCACAAGGAGAUCAACAAGACGUGGCCGAGCAUCUCCGGUGGAGGAGGUCAAUGCAUCCGAUGGUGAAAGUAGUUCGGAGAGUGAGGAGUACUCACACAAGAAGACGCGACGGGCAGCUGGAAGGCGUACUGCACGUUCUAAAGGGUCUUCUGGGUCUGAUCGUGAAGCUAAAAUGUCAAAAUCAAGGGGGAGAAAGAGAGGUGCUUCAAAGAAAAGGGAGGAACCCGUUGUGGAGGAAGAAGAGGAUGAGGAGGAGAUUCAGCGUGAGGGCCAGGAAGCCGAAGUGUCAGAAUCAAUUUUGCCGGACGAGGCAAAUGAUGAUGCGGAGGAGGAACAGGAAAAUGGGGGUGAAAAGGUAAGCAUUGAAAUUGUUCCAGCGGAUCCUGUGCCGCAUGUAACAGAGGAUAGUGAAAGUGGUUUUCCACAACGAACCUCCAGUCCCGAACAUGUUGAACUCUAUGAUGAUGAUGUCCAUAUGAAGACAUUGAGUCCAGAACGGCCAAGUGUGAGUGUCCGGGAGGAGGGUGAAGCCCAAAGUACACCCUCAGAUGGACAACAAGAGCCACAGGAGGAUCAGGAGCGUCGUCCAGAGACGCCACCGAUGCAGGAGGAGCAGAAAGAGAGUGAUGAGGAAGAUGAGAAGCAGGAGAGAGCCUCAAAGAGAUCAAGUUCACCGGAAGAAGGUGAACUGCCGGAUCAGAGUGUCGAUGGGGGCAGCAAAGGGGCAGAAUCCCCAGAGCACAAUCAUUCCAAAUCCGAACGCAAUAGUGAGGAUGAGGAGCCGAGGAAGAAGACUUCGGUGAAGGAGGUGAAAGAAGUUGUCUUUGUGGGGAAGCUCACACGGAACGAUGGGAAGGCUAAUGUUGAUGAGCAGGGCAAGAAAAAGCGUCGUUGGAUGUCCAAGAAACCAUCAGCACAGAGUAUCCUGGCCAUUUCUACGGAUUCCCUAAAGCCACUGAUUGCCGAUGUGAAACCAGUUCCGCUGGUGGAUGUCAAGUUGGAUUUGACAUCGGAUCCUGAGCCUGGGCAGGAUGAGGAGGACAAUGAGAGCGAAGAGGAAGGAGCACUCUCACCCAAAGACAAAAGAGAUCCACCUACAGUGGAAAAAACUGUGGAUCCUGAAGCAGUGAAGACAUCGACUGAAGUUCCUCAUCCUAUUGGACUGAACCGGAAGAUUGUGCUGGUGAAUGAUGAUGUGAAGACAGUAAAGCCACCGACUCCACCCAAAAACACUUCAUCGUGCAUUCUGUACAUCACAAAUCUCGUGAGACCCUUUACGGUGCUCCAGCUCAAAGGACUGCUCGCCAGGACGGGAAAGAUUGUGGAGAAUGGCUUCUGGAUUGAUAAGAUCAAAUCAAAGUGCUAUGUGCAGUACGAGACGGAAGAUCAAGCGGUGGAAACUCGACAUGCUCUCCACGGUGUCCGAUGGCCAACGUCAAAUCCCAAAUGUCUCCAUGUGGACUUUGGUGCUGAAGUGGACAUGCAGAAAGCUAUUGAGUCCACAGCUGAGGAUCUGGCCAAGCAUGCUGACGCUAGUCGUGGAGAGAGGAUCGUCGUGGGAUGGGAGAGAGAAAGAAUUGAAGGUGGAAUACGGGAGCAGACAACGAGGCCCAUUCGCGAAUGGGAUGUCGGGAAGAAGGAUGAACGGGAGAAGGAGAGAGAUCGCGAUCAACGUGGACGACGCGAGCGGAGCCGAGAACGCGAGGAGGUGGUAAAGAGGAGCACCGAGGGAUCAUUUGGACGUGAAAGAAGACGAUCACUAUCAACGUCACCAGCACGGAAAUUCAAGAAGGAAAAUGAUCCGCCAAUUAGAUUACUAGAUGAUCUAUUUCGCAAGACAAAAGCUACACCAAGUAUUUAUUGGCUGCCAUUAACAGCUGAACAGAUUGCGGUGAAAGAGGAGACUCGGAGGAAGAAUUUGCAAGAGCAUCAGAGGCGCAUGGAUGAGUUGAGGAAGGAACGCAAUCGCGAUCGUGAUCGUGAACGCGAUCGUGAGCGCGAUCGUGAACGCGAUCGCGACAGAGAUCGACACGAUCGAAGUCGACGUGAUCGAUCGAGAAGUCGCGAUCGUCGGUACCGCUAAGUCCAAUUUUUUUUCUCAAAAGAAAUCGAGGAAGUGAGCUUUUACGAAAGGAAGAAAUAAUUUCAUAAUGAUGGACAGUAAUGAAAGAGAAAAUGGAAAAAUUGGGAUUUUAAACUGGCUUAAGAUCACCUCUUUUUUCAUUUUCUCUUUUUUCAAAGAGAUUGAAAGACCUUUUCUUUCAAUAUCUGAUUUCGUCAUUUUAUCUUUUAGCUUUUAUUAUUAUUUUUCUUGUGGGAAAAUCCGAAUCAAUUUUUUUUUAGUUAAAAAAAAUAGCCAGAAGUGAUCGUCAGGAAAGAUGAAAAUUCAUGAUCAUCGAGAUCAAUUUGUGAAAAUGAUAAUCUUUCUUUUAGGGAAUUUGUAUGGGAAUUUUUUUGUUUCGCUGAAAGGAUUAUUCCUGUAUUUCUUUUCCAGAUUUCCUUUCUCCCAUCCGAUAUAUUGACUGUUUUAUUGCAGCAAUUUGUGUGUAUCCCAUCUUUAGUCAUUCGUAAUAGGUUCAACUAUGUCAGGAACAUUUUCAAACUGAAUUUUAAUCUUUUUUCCCUCAAUUAAAAAUCAAUAUCUACAAAGUGUGUGAAAAAAAAAGUUGGGAGAUUUUUUGAGGGUGGGAUGAAGAUAUUUUAGGAAGAAAGAAGCAAGAAAAAGAAACAGUGUGGGAAGGCAUUUUGAACUGAUAAUUGUCUCUCCCAAGGAAUGAUCUUCACGACAGAAGGAUCAGGAAGUGAAGUGACGGAGACAUCCUGCGUUGGAAUUAAUCAAUAUAAUUUUUUUUGACAAAUAGUGUUCUUGUGGAUGAAUUGUAAAUGGCAUGAAAAAUGUCAAGAAAGAGCGUUUAAUUUUGUCAGUGCUCUUGUGACAGAUGAAAACACAUUUGAACUAAUAAAAAGAAAUUAAGAAGA